GUUGUUUUGAAUGUUGCAUUAAGUGCUUGGGAGGAGUUCCAUAUGCUUCACUUGUGGCAACAAUACUCUGCUUCUCUGGAGUAGCAUUGUUUUGUGGCUGUGGUCAUGUGGCUCUUGCAGGAACUAUAUCCAUCCUUGAACAGAAUUUUUCCACAAACGUGACUGACCAUGCUUUGUUAUCUGAAGUAAUAAAACUAAUGCAAUAUGUGAUCUAUGGAAUUGCAUCAUUUUUUUUCUUGUAUGGAAUUAUUCUGCUAGCGGAGGGUUUUUAUACCACAAGCGCUGUGAAGGAGCUGCAUGGUGAAUUCAAAACAACAAUCUGUGGUCGUUGCAUCAGUGGAAUGUUUGUUUUCCUCACUUACAUUCUUGGGGUGGCCUGGCUGGGUGUUUUCGGCUUCUCUGCUGUGCCAGUCUUUAUGUUCUACAACAUGUGGUCAACUUGUGAAGUCAUCAGAUCACUCUCAGCAAAUAUGACUUCAGCAGACCAGAUCUGCGUGGAUAUCCGGCAGUAUGGGAUCAUCCCUUGGAAUGCUGUCCCUGGUAAGGCAUGCGGAUCGACCUUAGCUAAUAUGUGCAGCACACCUGAGUUCUAUUUGUCUUAUCACCUGUUCAUUGUGGCCUGUGCUGGAGCUGGUGCUACUGUUAUAGCCCUGAUCCACUUCCUCAUGAUACUAUCCUCUAACUGGGCCUACUUAAAGGAUGCAAGCAAAAUGCAGGCUUACCAGGAUAUCAAAGCAAAAGAAGAGCAGGAACUUCAGGAUAUCCAGUCUCGAUCCAAAGAGCAACUCAAUUCUUACACAUAAACGUUUGCCAGAGUCUUUUUUCAGAAGAAUUUUGUAGCUCUGACAAAUCAUCGAGCAGAUAUAUUGUCCAAGCACUCCUGGGCCAUAUCCAUAGGAAAAAUUUGCAGAGAAUAUCCUUCAUUCCUUUUAGCACUGAAUUUGGAACUGGGGGUGGAGGGAGGGCAUGUCAUUCUAGGCCACUUUAAAACAAAGGUUGCCAACUUAAACACCUUUAUGGAUUUCUCUUGGCAAUCAUAACAUUAUAAUUAUUAUUGUUCCUAAGCAGGGUACCAGAGUUGGUAUUAUCCAGCCCUGUGAUGUCUAGAAGAUUUUAAAAGGCUGUAUAUAAUUGCACAGGUGUAAGUAACUCAGAUUCUAGUAUUUGACUAGAUAUUUCUUUUAUUCUGAAUACUUGUAAUUUUGCUGAUUUGAUACAGUUUCAGAACAUUAUAAAUCAACAUUCAGUUCCUGUCAAAAUUAAAACUGGACCUUGCACAUUAAAUGCCAGACGUGUUUUUGGUUUUGUUUUUUUGGAGACACUCCCUUUUCAACAAAGCUGCAAUGAGCCUCUCUUGUUCUACUGCACUUAUCAGAGUAAGCUGGGUGCUAUUGCCCCAGAGAAGUUUUUUUUUUUAAUUGUUUAAUAAAAUAGACCCAAACCCUGUAAUCAGUAUAAUGAUUCCCUUCUCUGAAAAUAAAUGUCAGCUUUGCCUUAAUGUUUAUUUUCUAUAAAUGUCUUUGAGCAUUUAUACAGCAGCUGGAAAUCAUUAUCCUGUCUCAAUUUUAUCAAAGCAGAAAAUAUUACCCCGUGGUCAGUAAUUUAAUUGUUUCAAGUGAACAGAUGAUAUUUUGUAGAACUUAAAAACCUUUAGCCAUUCAGAUUACAGGUCGAUACUCACCUCAAUUUUGGUGCUCAAUCCAAUAGGCUGUAAUUGUUUUCUCUUAUGAAAAAUCUUGAUGUUCAGAAAAUAGAGGGUGCCAUUUCAAACUGUCUCCCUUAAUAUCUGCCUUCUAGCAUUUUCAGAAAUUUCAGUGCUAGCUUACUAGUGAUGAUGGUUUUUGGUGUGCUAUUUUUUAAAAAAAACAUAAAUGUUGAAGAAAAAUAAAAUGCAUCAGUGAGUUUUAAAUUGGUGAAAGAUUAAGUCAUACAUCCAUGUUUUGAAUGUGUGCUGAAUAGGAAUGCUCCUUUAGAACAUAAAAGACAUGUGUUGAAAGUACAAGGUUGGACAAAAAAUAUUGGUAUGGAAAAUGAAAUCAGGUAUUACCUUGCAUUUAAGUUCGUUACAUGCCUAAAGCUGACUUUCUUUUUAAAGAAGCAAAAUCUAUAUAAAGCAGAUAAGAAAUAGCUUAGUGUUUGUUUUUACCUGUUGCAUGAAGGAAACAAGUUUCUACAGCAAUGCAGGUGAUGUUCUUUCUAGUCCAGUGUUUGCAUAAAGGUAACAGACAAUGUCUUAAAGCCUAAUUCUUUUCUAAUUCUUUGUAGCUGUUACUGGGAGUUUUUUGAAGUUUUGUUUAAGUAGUCUAAUUUUUUUAUGUAAAAAGUAUUCAAUUUUGCUAUGUAUAAAUUUUUGUAACCUAACCGUGAAUCAAUAUUUUAUAUCAGUGCCAAGGGCUUCCUGUAGUUAUA